UGUAGGCGAUGCAGCUUCCUUGAUUGUCUGGCUGCGACAACUACACCAUCUCGCCCAUCCGGUUUUUCAUGCAAGGUACAAAGCGAUAUUGAUCCGGUACUGGAGAAUCAAGCUGUGCCAGGUAUAUCCUCGAUAGUCGUCCGAUUUCUACCGUCUACGAGCUCCUGUUGCUUCGAUUCCUGAACCGGCGUUCUUCUCCCCGCAGCAUGGCCGACGAACACUCCCACUCAAGGGUUGAGCUUUACGACUCGGGUCUGACGGUUCCCUCAGACUCGGAAAUCUACUCUGCCAAUCAUGAAGUUUCAUCACCUAUGUCGGCAUCUAGUUCGCCCUUGAUUCUGUACAAGCCUCCGUCGAUCUGGGGCAUCUUGCGGAUGGCGGCGAUCAAUUUGAUCCUCCCUUUUGUCAACGGGCUGAUGCUGGGAUUUGGGGAAUUGUUUGCACAUGAGGCUGCUUUUCGCCUUGGCUGGUCUAACACAAAGAUUUUCCCUACUUAUCGACGAUCAAGGCCCAUGGGACCAGGCAUGGAGAUUCGCGACCUUCCAUCGCGGCGUCAGCCUAGAGCCGGAAGUCUGCAAGAUACUACAUCAUUGGAGUGAUUGCGCGCCUUCAGGCACCAAGUAUAGAUUUCUCUCUGCGCAAAUUCUUGAUAUCCAAUGUUCGUGCUCCAUUAGUCGUUUGUUCAUUUUUCCGUCUUCAGCAUGGGUUGCGUAUAUGUGUACAUAGAUUCCAAAAGGCACCAGCAGUAGGUCAGAUUGGACGGCGUCGGGCGAAGCAAUUCGACUUCUGCAUAUCGAAGACACGGUCCAUCUUUUGCUGUGCGUUGCGGGUGUGGAAAUAUUCAUCCAAAAUUUAAACGAUAUUCUACACGGAUGAUAAUCCUCUUCCUCUCUUGUUGCC